GUCACUUAGUAUUAGCAGUGCGCCGCCGUGGCCGCUCGUUUCGUAUCCGCUCGCCGUCGAAGUCGUUGUGGGCGUCGAGCAGUCGACGUCGUCGUCGGCUGCCAGGGCGUCGACGAAGGCCCGCUGCCCGUGCACACCCCAGUGCACGAGUCUCCCUCGUAGGAGUUCGUUUGCUCUUGAUUCUGUUCGACCCACCUUCAGAGGAGUGCGAGCCCUGCUGCGUAGCUGCGAACCACAGAAGGUCGUCGUCAUUACGGAGUCCCCAAGAAAGACCGUGGUUUCUUGUGCUUCUUGGGUGCACCAAAAUAAUUGAGGAUCCGCUACCCGUGACAAACGAGUGCGAUCUAGUGCUCUCCAUCAGGCGCGGGUUACUUCGAGCCCACCAGCAAGCCGUGUGUAGCCAUGCCAAGCACGGGCCAGGUACCGUCGCUGUCGGUGCUCCAGCCACCUCCCCAGGAGGACACACACCACAGCCAUCACCCGGCCAAGGACCAGUACCGGGUCGUGGUACUCGGUGCGGCUCGUGUGGGCAAGACGGCCAUCGUGCACCAGUUUCUGUACGACGAGUUCCCCGCCGACUACUUCGCCACCGUAGAAGAGUUCCACACAGGAGAGUACGAGGUGAACGGUGCCUCGCUGACCUUGGACAUCGUGGACACGAGCGGCAGCUACCCGUUUCCAGCCAUGAGGCGGCUGGCCAUCACCACGGCAGACGCGUUCGUGCUCGUCUACGCAAUAGACGACCCGGAGUCGUUCGAGGAGGCCCGGCGCAUUCACGACCAGAUCGUGGAGCUCCGCUCGGCCAAGGCGCCCGUAGUCGUGGUGGGCAACAAGUGCGACCUGCCGGCCGCCAUGCGCCGCGUUCGACGUGAAGUGGCCGAGACCAUCAUCUCCAUCGACUGGGAGCACGGGUUCGUCGAGUCCUCGGCCAAGGAGAACGUCAACGUGCUGGGAAUCUUCAGGGAACUCCUGGUGCAGGCCAAGAUCCCGUACGACCUGAACCCGGCCGUGGUGAACAAGAGACGUCGCUCGCUGCCUGUAUACCCGACCAGUCCGACCAUGAAGGACAAGACGCUGCUCAAGAGGAACAGUUGUGCAGUGUCAUAGCUGCAUGGAAGUCCUCACUAGUGUUUUUUUUAUUUUCUUAAGAUGAACUCGUCAUUCCGACUCGAGUACAGUGCCAGUGACUGUGAAAGUGUCGUCCUUAGUGUUGAGAAACUUGACAACUCAUCGCAAAAAGUUAAGGAGCCCGCUUCCCUUCCUUGCGGGAUCGUGAUGAACACUUUUCGGCUGUAAGCAAAUACCGACGGACUACUUCACGCCUACAGGUGACAACGAACCACGUGUCAAGAGUACGCCCGAGUGAAACCUUGAGCAGCAUGGCCGCCAGUCCGAGCUAAGCUGGUGCAAUUUUCAGCUCGAAUUUUGUCCCAUAAGUUCAAUGCAAUAACUAUUCAAUUUCGUCAUUGAAGAACGGUGUGGUGAUGUGAACAUUCCGCUAAUAAAACCAUCACUGUUGGUGCAAAACUUGAGCCUAUGGAAAUCGCCGCCAGCAGGGGUUCAACCUGGCGUGGCAGAACCAAGCACAAGCUCCCCACCCCCAACCACCCUCGAAGUUUUUGCCAUUAGGCACAGAGCUCGAUAGGACAUGGCCUCAGCUGCAGGCCUGGUGCUCUCUUCAGAUCAAGAACGGCACUUCGCGGAAGUGCAUUGCGCGCGACGCUGCAGCUACAGGCUUAACUUGCGAUGAAACCUGGUCUUCUCACAGUGACCACUGAUGCAUGAUCACUGACGCUGGUACCAUGCCACUAUGUCUGGACGAGCUUGAGGUCAUGAUCAGAUAUAUCAUUGACACCGAUGCAAAACCAAAACUAUAGAGUGGAUUGUAUUACCCACCGUUGAAAGCUUUACAGUCCACAAUGUCAGACAAAACGUGGUGCUGAUCACGGUGAUUUGGAGGCCUAAUCGCACGAAAAAAGAAUCGAACUUCGUUCGGAAAAACAUCACUGCGAUGAACUUCGACUCCAUGUCGCCAAGGUUCUUGGGAUCGUCCACGUUGAAAACAAGAAAAAGUCACCGCUAGCAAAGAGCAAGCACCCUGUUAUCAGCAUGAGACAACAGAUAGAGCUACGACUCUGGCGAUACCCUGAGCCACAAGGUCGACCAAUUACAGCUCUACUAAACAACCACUACAGCGGAGACCCCGUUUCUUCACGUGAAAAAGAGAUUAUAUUAACCCAGAACAGCAGUAACAAUGCGCAUGCGCUGGGGACUACGUGCUGUGCAGAUGUGACUUGUGUGAGAACAGUUUGACGCGUGACCACUCUUGUCGAGCUCCUGCUUUUUAACGAUAACGUUUACAACUCACCGUAAUGAAGUUCCACUUAUCAGACAUUGCGCAUUCGGCCGGAACAUUCGGAUGUUCUGCGUACGAGUCGUUUCACGCAGAAGUGAAAGAAAUCACACAGUCCUUUCUCCACUCGUCUAAAACAAUUCCAAAACGAAGGCUGUCUUCUCUUUCUUCUCGCCAUUGAUCAUUCACUCGCCCCUCAGGAAGCGUUGAGCACCUCACGUAUUCUUGCACUGUCACCAGAAUCGGAGAGGUUGCAAGCUUUCUGUACCUCACGAGGUUUGGCACUGCCUAUGAUCAGCGUAUACCUCCCAACAAGUGAUGCUGUCAUGUGAUGACGUUAUGAUGACGUCACGUAAUUGCAUGACUCCACAUUUUGACGUCGUCGCACUCCUCUCUCAAAUGUUGACGCUGUGCGACAUUUUGAUGACGUGAUUAUGUGGCAUUUUCGCUCAAACAAGGUAACGUCGGUUCUUGGAAACUACGUUUGUCUAUUGUGACAAACGUCCUGCCAAACACCACCCAAGUAUGGCGUAUUGUGUCACCGACGUAGCCCUUUAAAGCUUUCACACUCGCAAAAUACGCAUGGUUGUUUCAGAAUUCAAUUAGAACAUUUUUAAUGGUCAUACAGCACCUGCCUGUGUCACUGACACCCGUAUCGACGGUGAAACACACGACUUAGCCUGGAACAGGGAACGAGACGCUAAUACAGCGUUACAGCUUGUGUGCAAAGCAAGUGUAAGGUUGAGAACACCACCCUUUUCAACUUACAGACGACGUAACAAAAUAGCGUUGCGAGGGCAAUUGGUUCUGGUGCACAAAUAGGAGUACGUAGCUUAGUGCAGGAAUUCGUUACGAGUAUUUGCCUAAAAGAGACAACCGAAUGCUGGUAUUCAUGAAGGGUACGUGUCAUUCACGCAUGGCGAAAAUCGCUGAAAAUUGCCAAACCACACCUACUUUUUUUUCUUUUCAAUAGCAAGCGUGUUUGUAUUGUCCUCAACACAUUUAGAACCUCUCUUACCUCGUAAGGCAAAUAGAGCCGCCUUUCCUGUCCUUAAGAAAGCAAUUCUUGUGCUUUUCCUCCGUAGAAUAUACUGUACCUCUAAACAUUUUCCUACAAGAUAUAAUGGUGUAUUCUUUCCUUGUACU